GCCGAGGGGCAGGGCGCAGCGGCGGGGGGGGCCGCCCCCCCGGACAAGGUGAAGCGCCCCAUGAACGCCUUCAUGGUGUGGUCCCGGGGGCAGCGCCGGCGCCUGGCGCAGGAGCAGCCCAAGCUGCACAACUCGGAGAUCUCCAAGCGCCUGGGGGCCGCCUGGCGCCGGCUGCCCGAGGCCGAGAAACGCCCCUUCGUGGAGGAAGCCAAGCGGCUCCGGGCCCGGCACAUGAGGGACUAUCCCGACUACAAGUACCGGCCCCGGCGCAAGGGCCGGGCCCCCGCCAAGGAGCCGCCGGCCGGGGGCUGCCCGCAGCCGCCCGCCGCCCGGGCCUGGGGCUACGGCGAGCCCCUGGGCUACCAGCCGGCCCGUUACUCGCCGGGCCCGGCAGCCGCGGGAUACGGGAACUCUGCCGCCGCUGCCGGGUACAGCGGCUUUUCCUACGGUCCCCCGGACCCGACGCCCUACAAGCAAGACCCCGCCCCCCACCCGCCGGGGGUGCUGCCCCCCGACUUCCGUGACAUGAUGGCCGCCUACGGCCUGCAGGCCUGCGACGUGGGCGAGGGCUUCCCCCAGCCGCCCUACGAGCCCCCUGGGCCGGCGCCGCUGAUGCCCCUCUAG